AAUGCUUGGGUUCAACUUUAAAAUCAUAUUAAUACGAGGGCAGAGUUGAAAAUAAAAAAAAAAAGUCGGCAAGCAAAAUCAAAACAAGGAGCGAACGUGGAAAACGUUUGGAAGAAUUUGCAGGCAAGAAGAGCGAUUGCGGUCGAAAGGUUAAUUAAGUGGCUUCCUGGUGUGCUGUUGGUCUUCAAGGAAAUAACCAUUUCACAGAAUGAAGGGUGGUCGUGUGAGAUGGGAUGAGGCUAAUCUGGGGGAAAUUGAAGCGAAUAAACCUGUAAGGCAGAAAAUUACUGAACCCAAGACACCAUAUCACCCCAGGAUUAAUGAUGAUGGUUCUCUACCACCAACACGAGCCAGCUUUGAUGAAUGUGUUGAUUAUGUUUCUGAUGCAAUGGAUGCUGAAGAAUUACGGACUGCUUUGAAUAAUGUUGCUUCUUCUAGUAAACAGACCACUGUCCUGUCUGGUUGGUCAUCAUCAGAGGAUGAGGCAGACCCUAUGGAACAAGAGGAUGAAGAUUCUGAAAUCAGUAGGAGCUUGAGUUUUAAAGAGCACAGAAAAGCACACUAUGAUGAAUUUCUGAAAGUAAAAGAACUCCUACGAAAUGGUUCUGUGCUUGAUGAUGAAGACGAGGAUGAGGGUGAAAAACAAAAUGAGGGAAGAUCUGCUUCAACUUCAUCAUUAAGUGCCAGUGUGAAGCGUAUAGACAUUGAUGGGGAGACCGCAAAUUUGACCCAACAAUCUUCAGCACCACCAGCUAACAGAGCUUCUUAGCCAUGUGGUCAAUGUGAGAUGUAAAGCUGACUUUUCUGGCAUCUUUCUUUACAAUAUAUCCUUGUGUAUGUUAACAAACAAUGAUGUAAGUGACUCUUGUUUCCUUA